UUCUGCUGCCGCUAGGGGUAGCGGCGGCGGCUGCGGCCCGGGAGCGCGGCUGCUUUGAGGGCUCGGGAGCCCUACAGAGUGGGGACGUGGGGAGGCUAGAGGGUGAGAAAGCCAGCUGGAGAGGAGGGCGGCGCUGGAGGAGGGCAGUGUGUGGCUGACUCAUCCUCUGGAAGAUCGGACUGACAGAGAGACACACACCCGCCCGCCCCGCCCGCCCGCCCGCGCCGCUCCACCUCAGCCGGGAGGCGCCCGCCCGCACCGCCCGCCCGCCCUCUCCGGGCGCUGUCCGGGGCCGGCCGUCUCAGAGAAAGUUUUUCCCAUCGGAGGGGCCGGAGCCGCCGCGGGCCUUUUGGAAGGGAAAGGGGACGGAACAGGAGGGGAGAGCCGCGCGGGCCCGCGGAGUGCAUGGUGCCCGGCGCCUCGGCUGCCUGGCAGGAGGACCUCGGGGCGGGGUCGAGCUGAUCCCAGCUCCUUCUCCCCUCAGCCGCGCAAGAAACCGCCCUCCCGGACGGCCGCGGGCGUCCCCGCUCUUCAGCUCGCCAUGUCCCGGCUGCUGCCGCUGCUGAGGAGCCGGACCGCGCGCAGCCUGAGGCCGGGCCCGGCCGCCGCGCCCCGCCCGCCGUCCUGGUGCUGCUGCGGGCGGGGGCUGCUGGCGCUCGCGCCCUCCGGCGGCUUGCCGGGCGGCCCCAGGCGGCUGGGCACGCACCCCAAGAAGGAGCCCAUGGAGGCGCUGAACACGGCACAGGGCGCGCGCGACUUCAUCUACAGCCUGCACUCCACGGAGAGGAGCUGCCUGCUCAAAGAGCUGCACCGCUUCGAGUCCAUUGCCAUUGCCCAAGAAAAAUUGGAAGCUCCAUCACCCACCCCAGGACAGCUGAGAUAUGUAUUCAUCCACAAUGCGAUACCUUUCAUAGGGUUUGGCUUUUUGGAUAAUGCAAUUAUGAUUGUUGCUGGAACCCAUAUUGAAAUGUCUAUUGGAAUUAUUUUGGGAAUUUCAACUAUGGCAGCUGCUGCUUUGGGAAAUCUUGUGUCAGAUCUAGCUGGACUUGGACUUGCAGGCUACGUUGAAGCAUUGGCUUCCAGGUUAGGCCUGUCAAUUCCUGAUCUCACACCAAAGCAAGUUGACAUGUGGCAAACACGUCUUAGUACACAUUUGGGCAAAGCUGUUGGGGUGACUAUUGGCUGCAUUCUAGGAAUGUUUCCUUUAAUUUUCUUUGGAGGAGGUGAAGAAGAUGAAAAACUGGAAACGAAAAGUUAAUCCUCUUAGAAUACCUAUAAAAAGAUGUAAACUAAUGUACCUCAGUAAUUAAAUAUGCUGUCACAACAUUUAGGAAUUAAGACAGUAACAGUAUAGAUAUGGGAUCAAAUAAUUUAGCAUGUAUUAUGGAAAACACUAACUUAUUGUGGCUUGAUCUUCUUAGGACAUCUUUUUUAAAAAGCUGUUUAGUAUCAUUUUGUGUAAAUUGUUGAAAUGCUUUUUCAUCAAUAGCAGUCAACAUUUUAUCUUUUCUUUCUUUUUAUAUUCAUAAUGUUAUUUAAGUGUCAUUGAUGUACUGUAUUGACUUAGGGUUUGCUUAUUUGUUACUUAACAUGUGUACAUGCAUGAAAGCAUUUUUUGUUGUUCCCUGAUAGUUACAUUUCAACCUUGGGAUUUUUCCAAAUUACUUAAGAUGUUUAAUAUCAGUUAAAGAUUUUCUUACCCUCUUUUUGGGAACAUCAAUUUUGUACUGUUAUGCAGUAAACAUUUAUAAUCAUAUAAUUUCAGUCAUUUUCUUAACUCUCCCGUCUAUUGAAAAUGGAUAUAGAUACAGAUUUUAAGUAUUUUAAGUAUAUAUUACUCAUUUUAAUUUUCUGACUUUACUAUUUUAAGGGCCAGAGGUUAAUCAGAAAGUGCAAUUAUGUGGUCUCCCUGCUACAUGAAACCAUACAAGCAUACUAUUUUUAGUUGAUUUUUUUUAACCUUUAGUUUCCCAGUUUUGAAUAAUUACAUGGUGGAUUCUGACUUUUGAGGGGAAGCAAAUGAUUAUUUUAGAGUCUUUGAAAUGGGGAUCGUGGAAUUAGACUGAACUAAGGGAUUUAACAUGAUGCUUGGAAAUUAAGAGACUAAAGCUUUUUUUAAAAAAAGGUAGAAAAUAGGAACUGUCAAGAAGGUUUAUGGUAUAAAUGGUGAAGUUGAAGUGUUGUUUGAAAGGUUAAUGAGACACAAAUUAUAUUAUUUGGUAAGGUUUUUUUUUUUUUCCCUUCCAAAGAUGUCAUCUUCCAAUCUGAAUAAGUCUGAAUACCCCAUACUCAUACUCCUAAUCUCAUUAUAUGUUAUUUAGUGAAUUUUAUUUAUGAAUAAUUUCUUUUGAAGUGAAAACUAGAUAUUUAAUAUUUUGCUUUUUUGCUACAUAAUCUACUAAAAAAUUACAUGAGGAGAAAUCCUUUUUCCCUUUGUUUUUCUUUUUUCUUCUUUUGUGGUAUUUAAAGCGUAUUUCAGGUUGAAGUUACUUAUUUCUAGUCUUACAUAUCUGACUUAAGUAUAACCAUGCAAGAAUUAUAAAUUUUAGCUUUCUGAACCCAUAAACUUUUUUAGCAUGUGAUCUAUUACACAUGCUAAAAAAUUACUCUUACUUGUAACAGCGUAAUUAAAUACAUCAUGGAGGAGAGAAACUUAAAUUAAAAUUAAAAUAAUAUUUUGGCUAUUGAAGUUAUUUGUGUUGCUAAAUAGAUGCAGAGGAUUCACAGCAAUUUAUUUUAAGGUUUUAUUUAUACAUAAUUACUUUGAACUCUUCAGAGGAGAUUUUUUUCACAAGGCAAUUUGUCAUAAAUUCUCUCAUGCACUUCAGAAUGAAUAAGUGCCAUCCUUUAAUCAUAGACUUUGAGGGGAGAUAGCAUAAAAAUAUAGCAUAUAAUCUAAAAAUAAAUAUAUAACAUGCACAAAUAAUAUGACAUUCUUACUGAAUCAAAUCAUGAUUCUAGAACUUGAGAUCUUACAUAGAAUUUCAGUUUGUAUUUUCCAUAUAAUAACCACACACGGAUAACCACACAAAAAAUCCUUUGUAAAAUUUCAGAUUGAUAGGAUUAGAGUGCUUAAAUUUUUGUGGGGGAAAGGUGGGAGGUAAAGUGUAAGUGCUUUCUUUUGUCCCUAACUUGUGUACUGAUGGCAGUCCAUUCUGUUUUCUAAAAAUGUGUUUUAUUGUGGUGCUUAACUUCUUAUUAAUUAAAUCCUGUAUCAGAAACCUUGCCUGUGAGUUUAGAAAGGGCUUUUGAUUAUUGUUUUUUCUUUUUGCUCUUGAAAGUAAUCCAGUCCCAGGGAAUUAUUGGUUUAAAUGAACAUCUCCAGAAUUAUUUAAGGUGUCAAAAUAUAUAACCUUCACAUUGAAAGAUAAUUUUAAUUUAUGGGCAUAAUAAAAAUUUGAAUCAUUCAGGUAAUUAAUUUUCAAAAAAAUGGAGACCAUUUGUCUUUAUCUGAAGGUAUAUAUUUAAGAUCAUAGUCUACACUAGUAUGGUGCUUUGCACAAAGUGAUUUCUGAAGAAUGGUUCUUUUUAAGAUAAUGACUUCAUAUGAUCAUUGUUUCACAUUACUUGCCACAAAAAACUUUAAUUCAGGUUGAAACUGGAACUGUUUGUUUCUCAUAUUAGCUACUUCUCUAUUAGGAGUACAAGAACUAUAGUUAAAUGCAACAUGAGCUACUUUAGUACUGUUUGUUUGAAAUUUGUGUUGUCCAUGUAUCAUGAUUUAUUAACUUGUUGAUGCAUGUAAAUUGGGUGCAUUUUGUUGCCAUGUAUGUUAAAUGGUGACCAAUGUUUUUACAAAGGAAUUGAACAAAAAAAGUAUCUUUUAAGAAA